AUGUCUGGGGAGGAGGUGUGGAGGAAUGAAGAUGCAGUACGUGAGUGUUCAUCUCAGGCGAUUAUCACUCAAUACCGUCAACAGCAGGCCAAGAUGUCGGCUCCAUCACGCCUAGCUUCUAUUCAAGGACAGCUUCGAAGAUUGGGAGGAGGAGGUGGGAAGGUGUCAAGAUGUCCCCUGCAUCUACAGCGGAUAGGGACACUGAGCCACCUGGAGAUGCAGAUGAAAGCUGCCCUUGCCCUUGGGUCUUCUUCUGACUAUCGAGCUCUCCUCUUUUCGCUUGUCAAGUUCUACAUUCAAGAAGGUACCCUCAUCUCUGGUGCUUUGGGUGAUACUAAUUUAGAUGAAAAAAGCAAAGAUUGGGGUCUCAUCCUUUGGUACAAACCUGUGGAAGGUCUGGGUUACAUGCCUUCCACUUGGGAAGAUUUGGGAUUUGAGGCAAGAAUACGAGAGAUUUGUGAUGAGCUUCUGGGUCCAGCUCAUACCUCAACAUCUUCAAGUCAUCAUCAAUGGGAGUCCUGCAUCUUGGGUAUGUCAAAGAGGAGUCUGUUGAAGGAAGUCCUUGGGAUGGUGACCUCCAACAUCGCCUUACAACGUCUCUUCCUUGAAUACACAGAACAGUUAGAGAGUAUCAAUGGGGGUUCUUCCAGCCCCAAGUCAUCAUGAUCUUAACGUUCUCAUCUGCCAGCACCUCUUCAAGUACACAGAGCAGCUACAGCAUCUUGAUGGAGACCGGUUCAACAUCAAGGCAUCAAGAAUCAAAGAUUCUCUUCUGCUCAUCUACAGCUCAACCUUCUUAUGUGAAUGUUUCUAUCUGCCAUUUUAUUGCAUACUUGAUUUAUUUAAGGUGUCGAGC